GAGCAGCCGGUAAAUAUUCAUUCAGUAAGUGCUACGCUACAGAUAACCUCAAAUCGUGAGCUGGAAACUUUAGGCUUUUUUCGUGAUUUAUCAAGUAGUGGAUUAAUUAAAACCAAACUAACUAUGGGUAGGCGCAGCAGGUCAAUUCCUGAUAGAUGGUUGGAUUACAAACCGAUCGGAGAGCCCGUUUUUGGAACCACGAUAGUGGCAUUUAAGGUGCCACUGCGACUGGAGACGUGCCAGAAAAAUUUGCCGGACGACGAUCAGUGGUUUACUCCGGCGAUGUUACUCGAGCAAUCGCCCAUGAUCAAGACUGUGAUUGACCUAACAAACACGCAUCGAUACUAUAAUCCAAAGGAGGAAUUCGGGACAAAGGGCGUUGACCAUGUGAAAAUACUGGUUCAGGGCAACGGCAAGAUUCCUCCCUCAUUUCAAAUUAGGAGGUUUUUCGACGUCAUGGAUCAGCAUAUGGAAAAAUAUGGCGACAGUACUGAUGCUUUGGUUGGGGUGCACUGUACCCAUGGUCUGAACAGAACUGGUUACUUCGUCUGUCGAUGGAUGGUAGAUCGUUUGAAAAUGAGACCUGACGAUGCAAUUGCCUAUUUCAAUGAAGCACGGGGACACGAUAUGGAACGAGUUCCUUAUCUAAAUGAGCUAAGAUUAGUCCUUCCCUUUAUUCCAUCUAGCCCGGCUCCUAGGAGAAGAGUCAGCUAUGUUUCGCCUCUUGAAGACGCGUCAUAUGAUGAAGUGCCUACAGAAAGUAGAUACAGCCGAAGAAUAGGCGGGACGCGUUUUAGACAUUAGUCUAUCAACUGCGGUUCAAAAAGCGAACUCAGUUAACCGACACAUGAAACAUUGUGAAUCUGAUUUAGUUAGAAUAUUUUUUAAUUUAAUUCCCUUACAGGGGACAUGAUAUUGUUUAUUUAUUGCCGAUAAUUCUGUAUCACUUUUUGAAUAAACCGCCAAAAAGCGUAAACGUC